GGUGAUAAUGUGGACUUGAAUGAAUACAACGAAAUUACUGCUGGUUUAUCUAGAAAGAAAGAGAACUUCUUAAGUGCGACAAAGCGCUAUUGCUAAGGAUUACAUCAGUUUGGCAUAUUCAGUGUUCUCGGAGAACGACUCCAAUUUUCAGCUGGCUUCCUGACCAAAGGUUCCCGAUGUUAUCAGCAGCAUAAGGCAGUUAUCGAAAGCUGCCAUGAAGGAAGAUGCCAAGCCUGGCAAAGACAACGAAGACGCCUUUUACAACUCUCAGAAGUUCGAAGUCUUGUACUGCGGCAAGGUGACCGUGACCCACAAGAAGGCGCCGUCCAGCCUCAUCGACGACUGCAUCGAGCAGUUCAGCCUGCACGAGCAGCAGCGCCUGAAGGCCCAGGGCGAGGAGCCGGCGCUGUCGGAGGAGGCCAGCGCGCCCCCGUCCCCCGCGGACGUUCUGGCCGAGGAAGAGGAUGGCGCCGCCGACACCCACGCCGCCUUAUCCCCCACGCCCAGCCAGCCUGGGCCGUCCAGCUCUCGAGUCUGCUUCCCCGAGCGGAUUUUGGAAGAUUCCGGCUUUGAUGAACAGCAGGAGUUCCGGUCUCGGUGCAGCAGCGUCACCGGCGUCCUGCAAAGGAAAGUUCACGAGAACAGCCAGAAACCACAGCCGCGGAGGCGGCACGCCAGCGCGCCCAGCCACGUCCAGCCGUCCGACUCGGAGAAGAACAGAACCAUGCUGUUCCAGGUCGGGCGGUUUGAGAUUAACCUUAUCAGUCCAGACACUAAAUCAGUUGUGCUAGAGAAGAAUUUUAAAGAUAUCUCUUCUUGUUCCCAGGGUAUAAAGCAUGUCGAUCACUUCGGUUUUAUCUGCCGGGAGUCGCCGGAGCCUGGGCUGAGCCAGUAUAUCUGUUACGUGUUCCAGUGUGCCAGUGAAUCUCUGGUUGAUGAGGUAAUGCUGACUCUGAAACAGGCCUUCAGUACGGCCGCUGCCCUGCAGAACGCCAAGACCCAGAUUAAGCUGUGCGAGGCCUGCCCUAUGCACUCUUUGCAUAAGCUCUGUGAAAGGAUCGAAGGUCUCUACCCGCCAAGAGCCAAGCUGGUGAUACAGAGGCAUCUGUCAUCACUGACAGAUAAUGAGCAAGCUGACAUCUUUGAACGAGUUCAGAAAAUGAAGCCAAUCAAUGACCAGGAGGAAAAUGAACUUGUGAUUUUGCAUCUGAGGCAGCUGUGUGAAGCCAAGCAGAGGACACACAUUCACAUCGGGGAAGGCCAAUUGACUAUUUCAAAUAGUACAAUCCCGGAAAAUACAACAAGCAGUGGAAGGUUCAAACUUGACAUUCUGAAAAAUAAAGCUAAGAGAUCCUUAACUAGCUCCCUGGAAAAUAUCUUCUCAAGGGGAGCGAACAGAAUGAGAGGUCGGCUUGGAAGUGUGGACAGCUUUGAACGGUCUAACAGUCUUGCUUCAGAGAAGGACUACUCACCAGGAGACUCUCCGCCGGGGACCCCACCGGCUUCCCCACUGUCUUCAGCUUGGCACACGUUCCCUGAAGUGGACUCCGACUCCCCGCAGUUUCGAAGACGGGCGCACACAUUCAGCCACCCACCUUCAAGCACAAAGAGAAAGCUGAACCUGCAGGAUGGGAAGGCUCACGGGGUCCGCUCCCCUCUUCUGAGACAGAGCUCCAGCGAGCAGUGCAGCACUGUUCCUUCAGUUCGGCGCAUGCACAAGGAGAGUAAUUCUUCCUCCAGUCUUCCAAGUCUUCACACUUCCUUCUCUGCCCCUUCCUUCACUGCCCCCUCUUUCCUGAAAAGCUUUUACCAGAAUUCAGGUAGACUGUCCCCACAGUAUGAAAAUGAAAUCAGUGAUGGAGAGGGGAGAAAAAGGACCUCGUCUACCUGCAGCAAUGAGUCCCUAAACGUUGGAGGAACCCCUGUGACUCCUCGCCGAAUUUCCUGGCGGCAGCGCAUCUUCCUCAGGGUUGCCUCUCCCAUGAACAAAUCUCCCUCGGCAAUGCAGCAGCAAGAUGGGCUGGACAGGAGCGAGCUGCUGCCACUGUCCCCUCUGGCUCCAACCAUGGAGGAGGACCCGCUGGUGAUAUUUAUGUCUGGGGAGGAGGACCUAGAAAAAGUUGAAGAAAGAAACAAGUCGGAGGAACUGAGGAGUUUGUGGAGAAAGGCUAUACACCAACAAAUCCUGUUGCUUCGAAUGGAGAAAGAAAACCAGAAACUUGAAGCAGCAAGCAGAGACGAACUCCAGUCCAGAAAAGUUAAAUUGGAUUAUGAAGAAGUUGGUGUCUGUCAGAAGGAUGUCUUAAUCACUUGGGAUAAGAAGUUAUUAAACUGCAGAGCCAAGAUCAGAUGCGAUAUGGAAGAUAUUCAUACUUCUCUUAGAGAAGGUGUUCCUAAAAGCCGACGAGGAGAAAUCUGGCAAUUCCUAGCUUUACAAUACCGUCUUCGACACAGAUUGCCAAAUAAACAGCAACCCCCUGAUGUUUCCUAUAAAGAGCUUUUAAAGCAGCUCACCGCUCAGCAGCACGCUAUUCUCGUGGAUUUAGGGAGGACUUUUCCUACUCAUCCUUACUUUUCAGCACAGCUUGGGGCAGGGCAGCUGUCCCUCUUUAACCUCUUGAAAGCCUACUCGUUAUUGGACAAAGAAGUGGGUUACUGUCAAGGGAUCAGCUUUGUGGCCGGAGUCCUGCUCCUACACAUGAGUGAAGAGCAAGCCUUUGAAAUGCUGAAAUUCCUCAUGUAUGACCUAGGCUUCCGCAAGCAGUACAGACCCGACAUGAUGUCACUACAGAUUCAGAUGUACCAGCUGUCCAGGCUCCUUCAUGACUACCACAGAGAUCUCUACAAUCAUCUGGAAGAAAAUGAAAUCAGCCCCAGUCUCUAUGCUGCCCCCUGGUUCCUCACAUUGUUUGCCUCUCAGUUUCCACUAGGAUUUGUAGCCAGAGUUUUUGAUAUUAUUUUUCUCCAGGGAACCGAAGUUAUAUUUAAGGUUGCCCUCAGCCUGCUGAGCAACCAAGAAUCACUCAUAAUGGAAUGUGAAAACUUUGAAAAUAUUGUCGAAUUCCUUAAAAACACGCUACCUGAUAUGAAUACAUCUGAAAUGGAAAAAAUUAUCACCCAGGUUUUUGAGAUGGAUAUUUCUAAACAGUUACACGCCUAUGAGGUGGAGUAUCACGUGCUGCAGGAUGAGCUCCAGGAAUCUUCAUAUGAGGAUAGUGAGCCUCUGGAGAAAUUGGAGAGGGCCAAUAGCCAGCUGAAAAGACAAAACAUGGACCUUCUAGAAAAAUUACAGAUAGCCCAUGCUAAAAUCCAGACCUUGGAAUCCAACCUGGAAAAUCUUUUAACCAGAGAGACCAAAAUGAAGUCUUUGAUCCGGACCCUGGAACAGGAGAAAACAGCUUAUCAAAAGGCAGUGGAGCAGAUCCGGAGGCUGCUGCCAGCAGAUGCUCUGGCCAAUUGUGAACCACUGCUGAGAGACUUAAACUGCAACCCUAACAACAAAGCCAAGACAGGAAACAAGCCAUAACGGAAGAUGUACCAUCCCAGCAGGAAGUGCUCUGAGGGUGCUUCAGAUGGGAGGAGCCUGCGUGCUGCUGGUCCAGCGAUGGACGCCAGAGCUGGCAGAACCACUGAGUUGGUUCUCAGCCCAGUCAGAGCUGGGGGUCCUUGCUCUCCUUAGAGCAUGCCAGUUCUUAACCAUUGUACAUAUGUAGACUGGCUUUUUUUUCUUUGCUGUCCUUGUUGGCUAUGUACAUAUAUAUAAAAAUGGACAGAAAGAGUUCAUGCUUUCAGAUAAAAGGAGUAGGUGUAUAUUUAGAGCAAUUUUUUUUUUAAUCAAAAACUUCAUGAAAUCCACUCCAAAGGGAAUUUAAAGUGAAUUUCCCCUUGGACACAUGUGAAGUCAUUUUGUCUUUGUAGUGAAACAAAGCUAGAACAUCUUUGUAUAUUGAAAUAUACUUGAAAAAAAUGAAUGUAUUUUUUUCUCCAAAGAAAAGCAUGUUUCACUCAGUGGUGGGGAGGUGGAAACAUUUGUGUAGCUUUAUGUGUAUCUGUCUUAAAAUCUACUGACAUUAUAGAUUUGAGGAAAAUGACUGCCAGUCAAGCUCCAGGGUUUUUCAGGAAAGCAGGGGCCUUUCCCCUGCUGCCUGCUUUGUGCCAACUAGCAUGUUGCAUCUACAUGCAUUUUGAGUCUGGACAGGCAUUACUUUAGGUGUGUGUAAGAAGGCAAGACAUUGUGGCAGAGUCUGCCCACCCAGCUCGAGAGAAUGUUACUAAUUUUCUAGCAAAUUUGACCAGCAGGGUUACUUAACUAAAAAUAUCAGUCCUAAAAAAUAUAAUUUAGGACCUAAAUUGUCUAGAUCAACUUUCUACCUUUUCAUUUAAAUUACUCCUACAGUUGUGAACGAACAUCCCUUGACUUAGUGCCUCAGUCGGUGACAAGGAUUUGCCAUUUGCUUUCAAAAUGUGGGAGCUCUUACUGUAGUUCUCUCUACCUUAAAUGAUGGAUAAGGAAAUACAAUUAUGAUUGGUUUU